AUGUCCAAGUCACGCCGCAGCGUUCGGUUCCAACACCGGACUGAUGGUCGACGACCGAGUAUCUCAGAUGCCAGCGAUGCUGCUUCUGAUCCGGGCAGUCCGACGAAGAAUGGAGCUGUUGCUCAGCCUGCGACAAUCCCCGAGGAGAAACCCGAAGCACCCCCGUUAGACGAAUACCAGAAGAAGAAACAGACGUUUAUCACCCGCACAAUAUGGACUUUUGUUAUGAUUGCGGGUUUCUUCAUUGCUAUGUUCUCGGGCCACAUAUACAUCAUCGGUAUCGUCACUGCUAUCCAAAUCAUCUCGUUCAAGGAAGUCAUUGCUAUUGCCAAUGUGCCAAGCAAGGAGAAGAAUAUCCGUUUCACCAAGUCGUUGAACUGGUACUUUUUGGGAACUAGCAUGUACUUUUUGUACGGUGAAAGCGUCAUCUACUACUUCAAGCACAUUCUUUUGGUUGACCGGGUGUUGCUCCCAUUGGCUUCUCAUCACCGCUUCAUCAGCUUCACUCUCUGGAUCAUGGGCUUCGUUUUCUUCGUUGCUUCGUUGCAAAAGGGCCACUACCGGUUCCAGUUCACCCAGUUCGCCUGGACCCAUAUGGCGUUGUACUUGAUUGUCGUGCAGGCCCAUUUUGUCAUGAACAACAUCCUGGAGGGUAUGAUCUGGUUCUUCCUUCCGGCUUCUCUGGUUAUCACAAAUGAUAUCUUCGCCUACGUCUGCGGUAUCACUUUUGGCCGGACUCAGUUGAUCCAGCUUUCUCCCAAGAAGACUGUCGAGGGAUUCCUGGGCGCCUGGGUUUGCACCAUCAUUUUCGGCUACUUUAUGACCAACAUUCUGAUGCGCUACAAAUACUUUAUCUGCCCCGUCAACGACCUUGGAUCGAACGUCUUGACCGGAUUGGAGUGCGACGUCAACCCAGUCUUCAUUCCUCAAGCUUUCGAAAUCCCGGCCUGGACCGGAUUCGGCAGGACGUUCUACCUUGCCCCGAUGCAGCUUCACAUCCUUCUUUUCGCUACUUUUGCGUCGCUAGUUGCUCCCUUUGGAGGCUUCUUUGCUUCCGGUCUCAAGCGGUCCUUUAAGAUCAAGGACUUUGGCGAGUCGAUCCCGGGCCACGGCGGCAUCACCGACCGCAUGGACUGCCAGUUCAUUAUGGGCUUCUUCGCAUACAUGUACUAUCACAGCUUCAUUGCUGUCUUCAAGGCCAGCGUGGGCGAUAUCAUUGAAGCCGCCAUCAACGGUUUGACGGUCGAUGAACAGCUGGAGGUUGUCCGUGGCCUUAGCAAGUAUCUCUACAACCAGGGGGCGGUUCCCGAGUCGGUUUUGGACCUUCUUAGCACGGAACUGCAGCGUCACUAA